AUGAAUGACAGAUUCUUAAGCAACUUGGACAAACUUCUGCUUGAGUUUGUUUUCCAGCUAGAACAAACGUCUUAUGCUAAGGAAUGCGUGAAGCAACAGAUAAAUUUGUACACUGUAAAAAUUGUGGAAAAAAAGAAUGAAAUCGCUAGGUUGCAGGAAAAGAUAAACAACAGCAACGAUGCAAUUGUUUGUUUGCACAAGCAAAAUGAGAAUAUUAAGGAGAGCUAUAAUGAUUGGAAACCCACUUACUUAAUUCUUAGGGAGCAUGAAGAAUAUUUGAAAAAAGAACUCAAAGCCAACCAAGAAGCUACAGAAAAUGAGGAGAAAAUGUAUCAGGAUUACAUAAUCCAGUAUAAAGAGAUUUUGGAGCAACACCAUAAAAAAUAUUCAGAAACUCCACUUGCACAGGAAUAUUGCAGAAAAAAGAAAGAGAUUGAAGAAAUCCAAAACAGAAUUUUGCAACAGUCUGAGCGAUAUAAAUUGCAAGAAGGUGCUUACUUGGAUAUUGAGCCUACACCUUUUAAAUCCCUUCAUGAUUGGGCUUUACAGAUCGCUUCUCUGAGGCAAAAAACACAGGAAAUUUUAAAGCAUGCUGCAGUUGCUACGCAAGAAUCAAUUGCAUUAGAAAAAGAAACAGAAGAAUUAGAAAUGAAAAUUAAUUAUUUUAAAAAGACGUUUGAAGCGACUACAGAAGCUCAAAAUAAUUCAGAAAUGAUGGAAGGAACAAAUAAAAAAAGUCUAGAGAAGCCAAAGGAGGUUAAAGAAAGGAUAUUUGAAGAGAGUGAACAGCCACCUUUGUUAAAUGAGGAACAUCAGCUGUAUAAACCAUUACAUCUCUCUUGCAUUCCUCAGAAAUCAGUCCAGUCUGUACAGACUAUUAGAUUCUCUACACAACGGACAGAAACAGGCAGAGAAGAAAAAGAAGAAUCUGUGCAACACUCAGUGGUCACUAGCAGUUUCUCCAGCCAAGCAGAAAAUCCAGCACAGAUGGUUAGUGGCAAUGCAGGGACUAAUUGUCCACAAAUUGCUGAAGUUUCAUCAAUAGCAAGCUUGCAAAACCAAAUGCAAUUCAGGCAGCUGAUUCCUCCAAAGCAGAUGACUCCUAAUCAACAGUUUGAGAGUGAAAAUACAACAACAGCAAACCAAGAGGCCAAAUGUGAUGAUAAAGAAGCAGAAGAUGAGUCAAGGGAUUCUUCAUAUACACCUCAAGAUGUACAUGCAUGUUAUAAGUCAGGUGAGGAUAAUCCCGACACAGCAGAAGAAAAUGAUGAACUUUUUCUAAGAGCACCUGAAACACCUGUAUUUGUAAGAUCGCCUAACUCAAAGGAGAAGAAAACCCAGUUCUCUAAAACACCUCCAUUUGACUUCAUUCAUAAUCUAGGUUGUGAAGAAGAAACACCAAAAUCUCCUGCUUUCUUUUCUCUCAUGGGCUUCUCCCAGAAGUCACCAGGCUUUAAUUUGUUUGAUUCUUCUGUGUUUGGGGCAGAAAAUUCAUCUGACGAGACAGGUGAAAGUUAUUCUGCAGGAAACUUAAACCCCAUGUCCCCACACAAAGAUAUUGGAAGCUUAUUUGGGAAAUCAGAAAAUGAAGAUGCAUUUGCCUUUCCCUUCCCUCUGGAAUCGUCUUCUCAUGCAUUUGGAGAUGGAAAAGAUGACUUUAGUUUUCCAUUUGCAUUUGGACAGGAUCAGAGAUCAUCACAGUCUCCUUCUAUGAAAGGUUUUCUUUCUUCCGUACAAAAUACAAAGCCAUUUACAUUCUUUUGA